CGGACGCGGACACAAGUCCAUCUGACUCCAGAGCGGCAGGUGGUUUAAACCGCGGAGUAAGACAUGUUUUUGCCUUCAAACCCAUAGAGCCCGGGCUUGAAAUUUGAAAUGGAUGGAGUAGAAUAACUUCUUUAAACUAGCUGAUCCCUUUUCUUUUACUUAUCGUUGUUAUUUUCUCAAGGAGCGGAAAGAGAAGAGAAGUGAAGUGAAGGGCUGCGCGUCUUUGCUGUGCGUAAUGCUUUCUGCGUAGAUCUCCGAGCCCGCUCAUCGUUCUUUACUCUUAUUAUUAUCAUUUUUUUUUUUUUAUCACGUUCAAGUGGCCCAAUUGUCCGCUAUGGCUCUCGCAAGAUUCAGUAAGAUACUCCGUCUGCCCACUAUUGAGAUAAAGAAGAAAGUCAAGCAGUACGAGCACGUCCAUCGGGACUUGAACCCAAACGACAUAUGGGAAAUAAUUGGCGAGCUGGGAGACGGAGCGUUCGGGAAGGUUUACAAGGCCAAAAACAAGGAGACGGGAGCUCUGGCCGCCGCCAAGGUGAUCGAGACCAAAUGUGAGGACGAGCUGGAGGACUACAUGGUGGAGAUCGAGAUCCUGGCUAAAUGUGACCAUCACUAUAUCGUCAAGCUGCUCGAUGCUUUUUACUAUGACGAAAAACUCUGGAUCAUGAUUGAGUUCUGCCCCGGAGGAGCCGUGGACGCCACCAUGCUAGAGCUGGACCGCGGGCUGACGGAGCCACAGAUCAAGGUGAUCUGCCGGCAGAUGCUGGAGGGUUUGGUCUACCUGCACAGCAUGAAGAUCAUUCACCGGGACCUGAAGGCCGGGAACAUCCUCCUCAUGCUGGACGGGGUCAUCAAACUGGCUGAUUUUGGCGUGUCAGCUAAAAAUACCAAAACCUUACAAAGAAGAGAUUCUUUCAUCGGGACGCCAUACUGGAUGGCUCCGGAGGUGGUGAUGUGUGAGACGAUGAAGGAUGCUCCGUACGACUACAAGGCCGACAUCUGGUCUCUGGGGAUCACUCUGAUCGAGCUGGCCCAGAUCGAACCCCCGCACCACGAGCUCAACCCCAUGAGGGUGUUGCUGAAGAUCGCCAAGGCGGACCCUCCCUCCCUCGAGGACCCGCGCAAAUGGUCAAAGGAUUUUAAAGAAUUCUUGAAGAAGACGUUGGAUAAAAAUCCCGAGACUCGGCCGACUGCGGCACAACUCUUGGAGCACCCUUUUGUGCGAUCCGUAACGUCCAACCGUCCGCUGAUGGAGCUGGUGGCCGAGGCCAAGGCUGAGGUCAUGGAGGAAAUUGAAGACAAUAGAGAGGAAGGAGAAGACGACGACACCAUGGAACUCACUGUGGCUUCAGGCAAAGAGCCCUGCCAGACGAGUCAGACUAGUUUGGAGGAAGAGCAAGCUCCAGACACCCCCAGUCCCACCACGUCCACCCCAACGCCCCCCAUACCCGUGCCCAGGAGAGGGGCCCAGCCGGAGGAGCAGCCGGGCCCCAUCACGGUGGUGCCCGUCCCCCUGCCUCGCCAGAAUCCUCCUCCCAAGGAACCGGACGACAUGGCAGACAAGCUGGCGGACGAGGGCAUUCUGGACUCGGACAAAUCGGAGAGCGAGGCGUCCACCAAGACCUCCAGCUCGGACUCGGGCAUCGAGGAUGGGAAGACGACUCCCACGCUGGAGGAAGACAAGGACAAAGUCGCCUCGGAGGGCGAGCGGCCGCCGUCUCUCCCCCGGUCCGAUGCAUCGGGAGAACACGCCGACGUCGUCACGGACCCGGAUAUUCCCCAGAUCCGGGUGUCCGAGGAGAACGGCGCCGUCACCGCGGGAAACGGAGAAUCACCGGCUGUGACUCCGGCGCCCACUCCCAAACCGUCCUCUGCUCCUUCCCCAUCACCCGGAUCCUAUUCUGAGGUGAACGGCAGUAUCAGCAAGGGUAGCGUCUCCUCUCAUCACAAUGGAGGGAUCUUCGAUAAGCGGUACUCGAACGCGGGCAGCCUGUCAGAGAGCAUGGACCUGUCCAUCCACAGAGAGAGCAUCUCUGCGUCUCCAAGGGCUUCAGCCUUUUCCAGUAAGACGUUGAAGCGAACGCGGAGGUUCGUCAUCGACGGGGUGGAAGUGAGCGUGACCACCUCCAAAAUCAUAGGGGAUGACGAGAAGAAAGAUGAAGAGAUGAGAUUCCUGAGACGGCAGGAGCUGCGGGAGCUGCGUUUGCUGCAGAAGGAGGAACAACGUGCUCAGGCUGUACUGAACGCCAAACUGGAGACACAAAAAGAUCAAAUGCAAAGACGCUUUGACCAAGAAAUGAAUACCAGGAAGAAGCACUACGACACAGAGCUGGAGAACCUGGAGAAGAACCAGAAGCAGACCAUUGAGAGGAUGGAGGGAGACCACAACGUCAAGCUCAAGGAGGAGACCAAGCGCAUCAAGGCGGAGCAGGAACGAGAACACCGCAGGUUCCAGGAUCAGUUAAAAAACAAGAAAAAAGAGGUCAAGCACUCUGUGGAUAAGCUGCCUCGAAGUCAACGCAAAGAAUCCCUGAGAGAGAGGAUGAAUUCCUUCCACGAGUUGAAGAUAAAAGACGAGGAGCAAUUCCUGGCGGAUCAGCGGAGAGAUCUGGACACGACGCUGAAGACGAUCAUCUCCAACAACAAGAGAGAGAUCGCGGAGAGGGAGAGGGAAUGUCUCAACAAGAAGCAGCAGCUGAUCAGAGAGCGCGAGGCUACGAUCUGGGACAUGGAGGAGAAAUACUUGUACGAGAGACACCAGAUGUUGAAGCAGCAGCUGAAAGACCAGUACUUCCUGCAGAGGCAUCAGCUGCUCAAGAAACACGAGAAGGAGCUGGAGCAAAUGCAGGCCUACAACCAGCGGAUGACGGAGAUCCUGAAAGCUCGCCAGCAGCAGGAGAAGAACCGCCUGCCCAAGAUCCAGCGCAGCGAGGCCAAGACUCGCAUGGCCAUGUUCAAGAAGAGCCUGCGCAUCAACUCCACGGGCAGCGCGUCGGAGGACCGGGAGAAGAUCAAGCAGUUUUCUCUGCAGGAGGAGAAGCGGCAGAAGGCCGAGAGGCUGCACCAGCAGCAGAAACACGAGAACCAGAUGAGGUCGAUGAUCGGCCAGUGUGAGAGCAACAUCAGGGAGCUGCAGCAGCUGCAGAAUGAAAAGUGCCACCUGCUGAUAGAGAAUGAGACCCAGAGGCUGAAGCAUCUGGAUGAGCAGCACAACCAGCUGCUGAAGGACUGGAGGGACCAGCUGAAGCCCAGGAAGAAGGCACUUGAAGACGACCUAAACACCAAGAAGAGAGAGCAGGAGGCGUUCUUCAGGAUGAGCGACUGUGCCGACUGUCCCAACCCCAGCUCUCCCCACAAACUCUCCAAGUUCGUGCCUUACCAAGACUCUUCUACCAUGUAGACGCGACGGCUGACGCUGCACGCUCCUCCGGCCCAGCGAGUCCAGUCGCUGCUGCCUCCCGUCUAACCAGCUUUCUUCAAUAAUGGCUAUCCCUCCAUUACGUUUCUUUGUUGUUUUAGUGGAUAUUUAUGUUUUAACUCGUGUUCAGAGCCUUUUUUUUGUUUGAUUUUCUUUUUUUUUCUUUUUUUAAAUGUGAUACAGAUGAUUUGAAUACUUAACCUUCUCCCAUUGUUUUAUUUUUGCAUUGAGGUCUUUUAGCACAACAGUGAAACAUGAGGAUAGUCUUCAUGUACAUGAGCUAAAUCUACCAAAUCAUCUGGUUUUGUGGGGAAAUAUUACAGAAAAGACACUUUAUGGCUGGAAGACUGUAUCCCAGCCAUUUUUUUUCCAUUUUUUUAAUUAAAAAAAAAACAAAAACAAAGCAUUGAGUACCAUUGAGCCGGUAAGCACUUUUUGAUUACUCCAAAUUUGACUAAGAUGUGCUUGACCUUUUUGUGCUUUACAAACUCCCCCUCCUCGUUUUUCUGUUUGAUCCAACCUUUUUUUUAUAUCCAGUAACACUGAUGUUUGCCACAUCGCUGCCAAAGUCUUAUUUAUUUUUAAUCAUAGAUAACAUGAUGCAGAUUUGACCCUGUGCAUUUUAAUUAUUUUGAAGGACGGGCUUUAAUAUGAUUAUUAACGGGGAAUGAGGCAACAAUAAUUAGAACUGAAAUAGCCUUUUUUAUGAUUUAGGAAUUGUAUUUUAUCAAACAAGGGAAAACUGUUUUCAUAUAGCGUUGCUGUGAGUUACUUUGUUGUAUAUUUACUGUAAGAUCAGACACACUGGAAGGGAACCGACAAAGCCAAAGCAAAAAAUACUGUUUGUUUGAAGGAUGUUGUAAAGGGGAUUCAAGUCCAAGUGAACUUUAGUUUUACUGAGUGCAGUAAACGAACUGCCCGCUAACCAAUGUGCAAUAUUACUUGUAUGUUUCUGCUAAACUUAAAGAGGAUUAUUUUUCUUAAACCUUACCUUCCUUUUGCACUGAGAGGGGGGAUUAUAUGAAGAGUGGAUGUAGCAACCUUUGAGAGGGAAACAUCCAUGUCUAUGUAAUGAUUUUGAAUAUUUAGUACAUAAAAAAAAGAGAGAAAAAAAAAAGCAAUAAAUAUGUAGUUUAACAGUUGAAAGGAUAUCUGAUUUUGGAACAUUGCUCUUCAACAUCACUGUUGCACCCCCUUAAGGAGAUUUAAGGGGGUGCAACAGUUCAGUUUGCUGUAAAGUGCCUGCAGAUGUUUAAUGAGAAAAGGAUUUGCAUAUUUACACUGAAUCAGGUACAGCUUCGUGGCUCAUGGCUCUCUCCCUCGCUCACACUUUUUCACAAGUAUUUAAAUUAAUUGCGACAAAGCAUUUCUGUAAUUUUUAAUGGCUUUAUUUACGUCUUCCUCUCUGUCUCAGUUUACAUAACGUGUGUGGAUGGAUUGUGAGUGUGAAUGAAACUGUAUCAGAUGAUCAUAAGGAACCACUGAUGUAAAUAACUCGUAAUAAAUUGCAGAUUUUCUAAUUGUUGGAGUGUGGUCAAGAAGUUUUCUUUCUCUACCCC